AUGGCCGACAACACAGCAUCCGGGUCUGGAUCUGGAGACAAGAGCAAUAAUGGGGGGAGGGUAGUGGAGUACAAGAAGGACGGGACGGUGUCGCGGAUGCGGGCGCACAAGGGGAACGUGCCCCAACUGCCGCAGACGAAGCAGUGCCCGUUCUGCGUCGCGAAGUUCACCAGGACGACGCAUCUGAACAGGCAUUUGCGCAACCAUACGAACGAGAGGCUGUACAAGUGCGAGGCAUGCGGAUCGCAGUUCACGCGUAGCGAUCUCCUGGCCAGGCAUAAAAAGAGCUGUGGCGAUUCCUCGAACGGACACACGAGCCGGUCGCGCCGACGGUCGUGCCAGGCGUGCGCGGCGCUGAAAGUGAAAUGCGACCUGCGCGCGCCGUGCUCGAAAUGCAAAGCGCGCUCGCGCGAGUGCGUCUACCCGCUCGAGAACCCCGACGACGCCGCCGCGCCGGGGCCCUCGCGCAGCAUGGGCCCGCCCGGCAUCGCGAACCUCGACUCGAGCGCGGGCUUCGUGCCCUCCCAGCUCUCCCUCUCCGGCGACAUGCACAACUCGGCCUUCCCCGAGCUGAGUUUGAUCGAAGAGUCCAGCAGCGCGUUCGGCCCGCAGCUCUCAGAGUCCAACCUCGCGUCCUUCCUCGGGCUGCACGCCGACCUCGGCCCGCGUGGGGGAGGCGCGAUGUCGCUGCCGACGAUCAACGACGCCGCGAGCACCGUCAACUCGAUGCCGUCCUUCGCCGCGUUCGACAAUCGCGCGUUCACGUCCUUCGUGCCGUCCGAUAUCGCCGCGCCGACGAACCCCGCGGGCCUCGGCUCGUUCUCGAGCAACAUGUUCGAGCCCUUCUUCCGCGACGUCUUCCACCGCGACGGGUCGUCGAUGCAGCCCGAUAGCAGCAUGGCGUCCAUGCCGGCCGGCUCGGCGCCGCCGUUCGUCGCGCCCCCGACGGACAUGACGAUGAACGAGCAAGGGUCGCUCCAGGGGCUAUUCAACGGUCUGGAGGGCAUGCAAGAUUUCAACGGGCAAGCUGCACAGGGCGACGCGCAGGACGCGAGCCAAGGGUUCGAUCAGCAGCUGCUGAACGACAUGAUGAACACCACCUACCCCGAGCCCGAGCCCGACCCGCUCAUGGAGGCGCCGCACAAGUGCCCGCAGCGCUACAGCCUGCACUCCGAGAUCGAGAACAUCCUCCCGGGCACCGUCCGCGCAACCUACACCCAAGACGAGCUCAACUCCGUGCUCCGGCCCCCGCCCCCACUUCUAGGCGACGAGGCGAUCCCACACCCGUCGCCGGAGGAGCUGCAGCAUUACCUGCACAUAUUCCUGACGGCGUUUUUGCCGCAGAUCCCCGUUAUACAUCUGCCGACGCUGCGCGUGGACCUGAAGCCGCCGAUUCUGUUGAAGACGAUGCAGGCGUGCGGGGCGCUGUUUGCGAAGACGAGGGUCGCGGACGCGUUUGUGCAGAGGACGCUGGAGAGUUCGCGGGAGACGCUCGUCAUUGAAUUCUCACGGCCGUCGGAGAACCCAAAGCACCAGAUGCACAUCAUCAUGACGCUCAUCCUCCUACAGACCAUCGGGCUCUUCCACCAGAACCCGCAAUUGCGCGCCUCGUCGAACAUCUACCACGGCAUGCUCGUACUAAUGAUCCGACAAAAUCGCAUCCUCGAGCGCAGCUCGAUGUGGCGCGCGCCCCAGUUCCCGAUCCCGGACGUCGACGCGCUCGACCUCGCCUGGCGCGACUGGACGGUGCACGAAGCGAUCAAGCGCUGCUGCUUCCUCGCCUACACGCACGACCAAUCGCACCGCAUCUUCUUCGCGCUCCCCGCCUCCUUCGCGCCCGACGAAGUAUCCCUGCGCCUCCCCUGCGAAGAGUCGCUCUGGGAGGCGCCCGACGCGUUCGCGUGGUCCCAGGCGCUCCUCGCCGAGUCGCCGUACGGCACCAUAUCCCAACGACUUUUGGGGGUACCGAUGCUGCACGGGUUCGCGGCGAUGGGGCUCGAGGGCGGGCAGCUCCCCGAUGGGGUCACCGACGCGCUGUCCGCGAUCCCCGCGAUCCCGCCCUUUGGGCACUUUAUACUGCUCCACGGCCUGCUCGGCGAACUCUUCCGGCGCUGCACCGCGGCCGACUCGCCCGCGAACCGGCCCAAACCCCCCACACCCUCCUCCUCCUUUACAGAUGAGGGUGAAGAGGAAGUGAGCCCGCAGCUCUUCGCGAUGCAGCUCGCGCUGCACAAGUGGCUCAAGCUCUGGCUGCUCAACCCCGAGGCCCCCCGCGCGCCCGCGGCGAACGGCGCGCUGCCGCAGCCGGAGCAGAAACACGCGACGUACAGCGCGGACCCGCUGCCGUUUUACUGGCUGGGCCAGCUGUUGCUGCUCGCGUUCCAGGAGGGGCUGCCGCCGUUCGCGCUCGAGCCUCCCCCAGGAGCCCCAGAGAAACCUGGGUCAAGACAGGCGACGUCUAGCCCAUCCACGACGGACCUGAGCUCGCCGUACUCGCCGUUCGAUAGCUUUGCGGGCACGAGCUCGACGCAGAGCUCGAGCGGGCAGACGCCGCCGUCGAUCUUCGAUAGUCCCCAGAUCGCUAGAGCAGGCGAGAGCGUGCUGGGGAAGAACGACCACCUGUGGCUGUACGCGGGCCCGCACUAUACCUCGCCCCCCUCCUCCUCCUCCUCUUCCUCCGGUGGGGUGCGGCGAAAACAGACCGACGCGUCGAGCGCGCAGUUUAGUCUGAUCAAGAACUGGCUGCAGCACAUCCGCGCGUUCUUGCGGCGGAGCGAGGGGAGCCCGACGGUCGUGUGGGACGAGCUGAUGCGGAUUCGGCUGAGCGGGUGGUAUGCGGAUACGAGUAUGAAGAUGAGCAUGAGGAGGGGAGGGGGGAGCGUGGGGGGGCUGGACGAGGAGGAUGCGGAGGCGCAUGGGCUGUUGGGGUUUUUUGAGGAGAAGCUGAAGAUUUAG